AUGAGCUGAUCCCACAGGAACAGAUGAUGCUGUGGUCAUGUGACCUGACUUCCUGUUUUUCGAGCAGCUCUCCGUCAGACUGAGUCAGUUUGUCUGGAGAACUUAGAAACAUGGCUUCAUCCUUCCUCUGCCUCCUCUUCAUCAGCCUCAGCACAGCAGAUGGAUUCAUGACUUACAGACUGUCUCGCUGUGACUUUAACUCCACUGAGCUGAAGGACAUCCAGUUCACCGACUCUUACUAUUACAACAUGAUAGAGAUCAUCAGGUUUGACAGCAAUGUGGGGAAGUUUGUUGGAUUCACUGACUUUGGAGUGAAGACCGCAGAGACCUGGAACAAUAUUCCUGCAAGGCUGGCUAGUAUGAGGGCUCAGAAGGGGACGUACUGCAAAUCAAACAUUGAUGUUAGAUACCACAAACUUACGUCUAAAUCAGGUGAGCGUGCGGUGGUCUGUGUGACAUCAUCAGGUGUUCCUGUUGACCUCACUCUGAAUCAUUUAUGAUGGACUCACAGCUGCAGCUAAUUUUGAUGAUUAAUAACUUUAAUAAAUCAUCGAUCACGGAACAUAAAACGCCAGAGAACGAAUCUAACCUGCGGCGCCCCCUGCUGGUGACACAGGCAAACUGCAGCUGUUCCU